CUCGGCUCACCGUAGUAGCCCGGUGCUGGAGGUCGGGCAUGCUCCCGAAAGCUUCCACUGCGAACUGAUCAAACUGGCGCGGAGAUGAGCGCGAUUGAGAUGAAAAUACACACAAACCAGAUCCGGGAACGCUUCUAAAUCGCGUUGUUGCCGAGUGGACACGCUGCGACGUGACGCAAAGCGUGACGGGAGCGCGGAGGAGCUUUGGGAAGUGUCCGUCCGUUUUGUCCUACAAAGGCGGCGGUUGUUUGACAGCGGGAGGGCCCAACGUUAGGAAACCGCUGCGGCUGGAGAGGGAGGAAGAGGAGGGAGGCUUUCCGAGGACUCCAUGAAACAGUGAAGAGUCGUUUCUGCCCCAGGGAAGCGAGCUGAAUCAUGAGGAAGGACGUGAGGAUACUCCUGGUCGGGGAACCCAAGGUGGGGAAGACGUCGCUGAUCAUGUCUCUGGUUAGUGAGGAGUUUCCUGAUGAGGUUCCUCUCAGAGCUGAGGAGAUCACCAUCCCAGCUGAUGUGACCCCAGAGAGGGUCCCCACACACAUCGUGGACUACUCUGAAGCAGAACAGACGGAGGAGCAGCUGUAUCAAGAAAUCUCCAAGGCAAACGUGAUCUGCAUCGUUUACUCCGUCAACAACAAGAAGUCGAUCGAAAAGGUGACGAGCCACUGGAUUCCUCUGAUAAAUGACCGAACAGAUAAAGACAGCAGGGUGCCGCUGAUUCUCGUGGGGAACAAGUCGGACCUGGUGGAGCACAGCAGCAUGGAGACCAUCCUGCCCAUCAUGAAUCAGUACCAGGAUAUUGAGACGUGUGUGGAGUGUUCUGCUAAAAACCUGAAGAACAUCUCUGAGCUGUUUUACUACGCCCAGAAGGCUGUCCUCCACCCAACCGGACCCCUGUACUGCCCCGAGGAGAAGGAGCUGAAACCUUCCUGCAUCAAGGCUUUAACGCGGAUAUUUAAAAUCUCGGACCUGGACAACGACGGGAUCCUGAAUGACAACGAGCUCAACUUCUUUCAGAGAACAUGUUUCAAUACACCUCUGGCGCCGCAAGCCUUAGAAGACGUGAAGAACGUGGUCAGGAGGAACAUGACAGACGGAGUCAAAGAUAACGGGCUCACGCUCAAAGGCUUCCUCUUCCUGCACACUCUCUUCAUACAGCGAGGUCGACACGAGACCACGUGGACGGUGCUGAGGCGGUUCGGAUACGACGACGACCUGGAGCUCACGCAGGAAUACCUGUUCCCUUUAAUAAAGGUCCCGCCGGACUGCACCACUGAGCUGAACCACAACGCUUACCUCUUCCUGCAGAGCGUGUUUGACAAACACGACAAAGACAGGGACUGCGCGCUGUCCCCAGAGGAGGUGAAGGACCUGUUCAAAGUGUUUCCCUACAUGCCCUGGGGUCCAGAUGUCAACAACACAGUGUGCACUAAUGAGAACGGAUGGAUCACAUACCAGGGAUACCUCUCUCAGUGGACGUUAACAACAUAUCUGGAUGUCCAGAGGAGUUUGGAGUAUCUCGGUUACCUUGGAUACUCCAUCAUCUACGAACAGGAGUCCCAAGCCGCUGCUAUUACUGUGACUCGUAACAAGCGCAUUGAUCUGCAGAAGAAGCAAACCCAGCGCAGCGUCUUCCGCUGCAACGUGCUGGGGGCGCGCGGCAGCGGCAAGAGCGGCUUCCUCCAAGCUUUCCUCGGCAGGAACCUGCAGAGACAGAGGCGGAUCAGAGAAGACCACAAGUCGUACUACGCCAUCAGCACCACCUACGUUUACGGUCAGGAGAAGUACCUGCUGCUCCACGAGGCCAUGCCGGACUUCGACUUCCUGUCUGAGGCCGACCUGGCCUGCGACGUGGUCUGCCUGGUGUACGACGUCAACAACCCGCGCUCCUUCGAGUACUGCGCUAAAGUCUACAAGCAAUGCUUGAUAGACAGCAAGACGCCGUGCGUGGUGAUCGCCGCCAAGUCCGACCUGCACGAGGUGCGGCAGCACUACAGCCUGUCGCCGCACGACUUCUGCCGCAAGCACAAGCUCCACCCGCCGCAGCCGUUCACGUGCAACACGACCGAGGCGCCCAGCAAGGACAUCUACACCCGCCUCACCACCAUGGCCAUGUAUCCCCACGCCCGCCUCCGCUGCAUGUGUUCCAACAACAGGUGCACUUAUUGCCUGUGUCAGAACCUCCUCAAGUUGGAGCUGCUGCGCAGCGUUAAGGCCCAGCUCUGCAGGGUCGUUUACAACAGGCACAUGGCCCAGGCGGACCUGAAGAACUCCACCUUCUGGCUGAGGGCCAGCCUCGGCGCCACGGUGUUCGCAGUGUUGGGCUUCGCCAUGUACAGAGCUCUUCUGAAGCAGCGGUGAUGGGGCAGCAGGAGGCGGCUGCUUUAACUCCGGUCCUUUUUGUUCCUUUCUACCUGAGAGACAUAAAAAAAAAAAGAAAAAGAGACUGCCUGAACAAGCCAAACGGGCUCAUGGCCUCCAAUCCACCUCUCCCUUGUCUCUCAAAGCAACACGAGCGAGAAACAAACUUUUAUACGAUUGUGGUUCAUCCGGAUGUUGCAGGCAAACGGACACAGUUUGUAAAGGCAUUUAUUCUGGGAUCUUUUUGGUUAAUCCGUUAGUAAAAACUGAUUUAUCUCAGAUAAUCCGGCCCUGUUUUAAUCCUCAGGCCCUCGUUUAGUUUAAAGAAAGAGGCAGCCAAAAUGAAACACUGCAAAGGGACUUGAAUCUGUUUAACGUGUAUGCAGUAUGUCACGUAUUUAUGUAAGACUUUUAGGACCCGUAGAGAACAUCACAAGGCAAACGCAGCAUCAGCAGGAGGCGAACAGCGUUACAUUUAACACCGACAUCAUGCACUUGUUUCAUUUGAGCGUUAAUUUAUUAACCCGAUUGUUUGGAGUGCACCACCCACAACAGAUUGCUCAUGUAUUUUUGUAUGUAAUAUUAUUGCUCGACAUUUCUGACUGCUUUUUAUUUUUCCGGUCUUCAAAUAAAGCUUUGACCCUCCUCUUUUUCUUUUCUAUUUCUGCACCACAAGCAAACGAUUCUGUUGAUAAGACCACCACCUCCUCCCCUCCCUCCUCAACCUCUAAACAUGUUAUAUCUCUCCAUCUUCUUCUGCUGCAGCGUAUUUACAAUAAAGACUUGUACGAUCC